CGAUUUCGGACGCUUUUUGGUGAGUUGUGAUAUCCGUCGACAGUGUCAAGACGAUGGCGUUUCGCGAGCAGCAGUACCUCGACCGAAACUUUGACUAUAUCUGUCGAAUGCUCGAUCUGCUCGGGCAAAACGUUCUCGAACCCAACUAUCGUCCCAACUGGCGAACCGCGUACAUCACUUCGAUCGUGGUGAUCGUCAUGAGUGAGUUGGUGUAUCUGCUGUGGACGGAACGAUCGGAUCUGUUUGCGUUUCUGCAGGUUCUACCGACGCUUCUAUUUUCAUGCAUAGGCGUACAGAACGUUCUUGUUUGCGCCUUACGGUCUGAAAAGGUUCUUGCCCUGCGGACCAAACUGACCGAGAUUCUGAAAAUCAUGGCUGAAACGGAAGGGAACGGUCCGAUCCUCUGUAAAGGUCUGCAGCUAUCUCGAUUGUUGCAAAAGUGUUUGAUGGUUCUUUAUGCGUUAGCGGCAGUCGCCGGUAUAAUUGUGCCACUCAUUAUAUGGGCAGCGUGGGGCAAAAAGAUUCUCUUGUUUACGCCUUUUGUCCCAAAGGCUGACCCAAGUACUGCCGUGGGAUUCGUAGAAACCUUAGUGUUCCAGGGCUACAUACUGUUGGGAGCUGGUACAAUGUACACGGCCCACGAAUGUAUGUUUAUUGCAUUCAUCAUGCCUUACGCAGCAUACGUAAACGCAUUCUGCAACGAGAUCAAAGAGCUGAACUCGAUGUUGGUGGCCCUUCCGGAAAGUGACGAUUCCAAGAUCCAAAACCAACUACAUCGGAUCGAAAAGCUGCACCAACUGCUGAUCGAGUACGUAUCCAUGCUGCAAGAUCUGUACAACUCCUAUAUGCUAAGCAAAGUAGCUUUAAUUUAUCUGGGAGUAAUCAGUGCGAUCCUCGUGAUAUUGACAUUUGCCGAUCCAAUGUCCUGCAUUUUUCUGGCACUUUUAUUCGAAAAACUAACCAAGAGCUGUCUGAUGGGAACGAUCAUCACGGUAAAGAACGAACAAAUCAUGGACCACGUCUACGACAUCAACUGGUUCCGGCUGUCCGCGGAUCAAGCAAAGCAGGUCGGCUUUAUGCUGCACAUGUCGCAGAAUCCCACCAGCAUCACCAUCGGCAACUUGGCACCGCUCAACGUCGAAAGCUACAUGAGUUUGGUCAAGUCGAUCUAUUCGUACGUGAUGGUUUUGAUUACCUUUUUGGAGUAAAUCCGGUUUUGCGUUUGAGGUGAUAAAAGAGCAUUUUCCACCCCCUUUCGAAGGCGAUGACGAAGGGUACCGAUGCUGAAAAUUGCCCACGAUUCUUCUGGAUGACAAACGACCCUAUUUUCAUAAAUCACAAUGUUCUCUCACCUCUGGUGAUUAUGAUAGUGUUCUAUUUUUUUUGCAAGUGAAUCCCACUUGUUAUAAGGCCUACAAAUACUAUUACGAGUAGGCAGGAACUUUUUCGGAGCUUUGAAAUUUUCAGGUAAUGGAUGCGCCAAAGUUGCAAGGUUGUCACAACGAGGUUCAUUUGCUGCUUUUUGGAUUGUUUGUAAAACGAUUUACAGUGCAGUG